AUGACAAUCAGCUACGAUCAGUCCUAUCGAUCCCCUAAUAUGGCUUCGCUGGAAGACAGAUUCGAAGUGAUCCGGCAGGUGGGCGACGGCAGCUUUGGCAGCGUCGUCGUGGCUCGAGUGCGCACCGCAGGGGCCACCGUGGCGAGGCGCGGUUCGAUGGUUGCGAUUAAAACAAUGAAAAAGACCUUCGACACCUUCUCUGCCUGUCUUGACCUGCGAGAGGUGAUCUUCCUACGGACCCUCCCCCACCAUCCGCACCUCGUGCCCGCCCUCGACAUCUUCCUCGACCCGCUCAGCAAGAAGCUACACAUAUGCAUGGAGUAUAUGGAUGGAAAUCUCUACCAGUUGAUGAAAGCGCGGGAUCACAAGUACCUGGAUGGGAGAAGCGUCAAGAGCAUUUUGUUUCAGAUUUUGUCGGGUCUCGACCACAUCCACGCCCACAACUUCUUCCAUCGGGACAUCAAGCCAGAGAACAUUUUGGUGUCGGGUGCUGCACCGUUCGAGUCCGUUCUGAGUCGCUAUGCAACUCCGCCGUCUACCCCACCUACCUACACGGUCAAGAUUGCCGACUUUGGCUUGGCGAGGGAAACGCACUCCAAGUCCCCGUACACUACUUAUGUGUCUACCCGAUGGUAUCGUGCACCCGAAGUCUUACUUCGUGCAGGAGAAUACUCCGCUCCUGUGGAUAUGUGGGCGAUCGGCGCGAUGGCCGUUGAAAUCGCGACGUUGAAACCGCUAUUCCCCGGUGCCAACGAAGUGGAUCAGGUCUGGCGUGUAUGUGAGAUUAUGGGCAGCCCAGGAAACUGGUACAGCAAAUCUGGCGCCAGGGUUGGUGGUGGAGAGUGGAAGGAAGGCAUUCGUUUGGCCCAGAAAUUGGGAUUUUCGUUCCCAAAGAUGGCUCCCCACUCCUUGGAGAGCAUUUUACAACCACCAGAGUGGCCGGCUGCCCUCAGCCAGUUUGUCACCUGGUGUUUAAUGUGGGAUCCAAAAUGCAGGCCAACUUCAACUCAGGCCUUGAACCAUGAAUAUUUUGCCGACGCUGUUGAUCCCUUGCGUCCAAGAUCUUCUACUGCUCGAUUACUGGGCCGUAAGCAAUCAGACAAGAGCUUCAAGACUCAAAGCAAUGGCGAUUCUCCCGGAUUAUCGUCUAAGGCGUCUUGGUUCCGUCGCUCGCUGAUUGGCAGAUCUGACAGCCCUGCUCCUCUCUUAGAAAUGGACUCCAGCAAACAAUCCUCCAUCAACGCGGCUGAUUCUCCAUCAACCAAGACUAAAGCCGCGUUGAAUAAACGCGCCACCUGGACAAAUGGAGCUCCUAUGCCCAUUCUGCCUUCAAUCAGACCUGUUUCUCCCUUGUCAAACGCUGUCCAUGCCCAAGCAAACUCCUCAAUUGCUAAUGGUUCGCCUUCAAAAGAAGGCAAGGCGAAAAAGAUUGGUCGUCAGUUGUCUGUCAAUUCGAAUGGAAAUCACUACGCAGAUAUCCAUCGGCACGACAGCGAGAAGUCUCUCAAUGGAGGAUCCACUUUAACGUCCCCGAGUGCCAUGAAGGAGAGCUUUUUCUCCCACCUCAGAAAACGGGCACGCAGACUAUCGGGUCGAAACCAAGUACCCAUCCCUGGUGAUGACGUGGAAGCCAACGCAGGUUGCGUUCCUUGGUCUAACCGUUCAUCCAUGGUUCUUGAUUCCACUAACGUCUCCGAAUCGAAAUCCAAUGGGUUCCUGGAUCUGGACAGAGCACUGCAGAACGUGCGGUACAGCCUGGACAAUUCAUCUCCUCCAAAUGUCCCUGUUCAUGCCGCUGGAACAACGAGCAAUACACCAAAACGCCAAUCAGUACCACAUGCCCAGGCUCUUCGUGUUUCAGAACAUGGCUCUAUCGCUAGUGGUGUCUCGACUCUCUCUAAUCGUACUCGUCGAGCCUUGCAAAAUUCUACUCGGUCUGUCCCACGUUACGAGACUCCGGAAGAAGAGGACGAACUGCUCCAAGAGGUUCUACACUCGACAAACAGUGCUGCACAGCGCCUGGGACGUGGCUCGAUCACAAUGGAUGAGGUAGCUCGGGACAAUGUGUUCAACGACCUCACUAACCAGCCAAAACUUGGCGUUGAAAAUCACCGCCGCAACCCAUACCCAACACCGUCCCCAACCGCAAAGCGAGAUGUGCCGGCAUUUAUUUCCGACAUCACCCCUCUCAAGCCGUUGGGGAUGAAUAAACCUAGUAUGGAGAGUCAGAGACAGUGGCCCACACCGCCAUACGAUGAGGCUGAGUGGGCAAAGGCCACUGCUGCUGACCUCUUUGCUACUAGCAACUUGUACAGAUAA